UCCAUUCAAAGGCUAAAGAAACUGCAGCUCAGACUAGUUCAGCAACUCUCCUAAAUGGUGUGGUUAAAACUAAGAAUUGUGACCCAUUUUCCUGAAUCCAGGUCCUCGCGAUGCUCUGGGUUCAGACCCUAACACCCACCCAGCCCUGAGUGCUGGGGAUUUAAGGCAGCAGUGCCUCCUUUCAGGAAAUUGCACACACGCUGGAAACUCCUGCAUGCUUCUCUUACUAUAAUCUGUCACCAAAGGCUGGAUAUUCCUGUGCCGGGGCUCGUGCCAGCGCCUUGGCUGCCAGGUGCUGCUCUCCAACUCUCACAUGAGCUGCCCUCCCCCAACUCCUCCCCACAGGGCCCCCACUCCACCUGCUCCCAGACAAGGCCAACUUGUGGCCAAGCACAGGGGCACGGCGGAGGAGCUCUGGUUCUGAUUUUUCUCGCCUUCCUUGGAGAUGCCUGUGCUUGGAAGGGAAGGCAGAACAUUGCAUCUUGGAACAAAUCUGCUUUUGAUCAUGCAAAUGAAUGCCUGGUUAAUGUAGGCAGACUGUCAAUUUCACCAGUUAGAAAGAGAAAGGAAAGGGGGGGAAAUUCCCCAUGACAGCGACUGAUGAAGAAUUUCAAUAGAAAGCUGCUACUUCAGAAAAUAAGAUCAUUUGCCGCGAAUGGAGAACAUCUCAGGCAGCCCUGAUGCCCCACUGAUGACCCAGAGAGCAGGGUCCUGGUCAGUUCCUGGCUAUUGUGUCACUCCAGCUGACAGUGCUGCUAUGGGGCCCAGCGGUACCUGAUCCCCACCUCCUGAGGUCUUGGAAUAGACGUCCAUCUCUCCUUAUUUCCUUGCAGAGAGAAGCCUGCUCAGAGUGGUUACUGAAAACAGGAACCUGCCCUUCUGCAAGCCCUGUGCCUUCCUCAUUCCUAGCAGAGGAAGUAUGCGACCAGUUUAGCAACUGCAGUUCUUCUGGGCGGCAUGGGCUGCUUCUCCUCACCCGUGAGGGGCCCUACUGUCUGUUUAUUCCGGAGGAGCAGCAGUUGACAGACGGAGAGGCAGUGACUCUGCACCCAGCAAUCUCUCUGCAGACAGCUCCCACAGGAGUCAUGCUCAGAGUGUGAAGGCUCCGGGGAUCUCCAACAGCCCCAGGGAGAGAGAAAGAAAUGGGAAACAGCAUGAAAUCCACCCCUGCGCCUGCUGAGAGGCCUCUGCCCAGCCCAGAGGGACUGGACAGCGACUUCCUCGCCGUGUUGAAUGACUAUCCGUCUCCUGACAUCAGCCCCCCCAUAUUCCGCCGAGGGGAGAAAUUGCGUGUGAUUUCUGAUGAAGGGGGCUGGUGGAAAGCUAUUUCUCUUAGCACUGGUCGAGAGAGUUACAUCCCUGGAAUAUGUGUGGCCAGAGUUUAUCAUGGCUGGCUCUUUGAGGGCCUGGGCAGAGAUAAGGCCGAGGAGCUGCUGCAGCUGCCAGACACAAAGGUUGGCUCCUUCAUGAUCAGAGAGAGUGAGACCAAGAAAGGGUUUUACUCGCUGUCGGUGAGACACAGGCAGGUAAAGCAUUACCGCAUUUUCCGCCUGCCCAACAACUGGUACUACAUUUCCCCGAGGCUCACCUUCCAGUGCCUGGAGGACCUGGUGAACCACUAUUCUGAAGUGGCUGAUGGUCUGUGCUGUGUGCUCACCACGCCCUGUCUGACACAAAGCACAGCUGCCCCGGCAGUGAGGACCUCCAGCUCACCUGUCACUUUGCGUCAGAAGACCGUGGACUGGAGGAGAGUGUCCAGACUGCAGGAGGACCACGAGGGAACAGAAAACCCACUUGGGGUAGACGAGUCCCUUUUCAGCUAUGGCCUUCGAGAAAGCAUCGCCUCUUACCUGUCCCUGACCAGUGAGGACAACACCUCCUUUGAUCGAAAGAAGAAAAGUGUCUCCCUGAUGUACAGUGGCAGCAAGAGAAAGAGCUCUUUCUUCUCAUCACCACCUUACUUUGAAGACUAGCCAAAAACAGACAAAAUGGUUCAUGCCCUAAAGGAACAGAGGUUCCAACUAUUGCCUGGGAUCUUGCAAAAAGCAAGAUUCCCUGAUCCCCAGGAAACUCAUAUAUUUUAGGAGCCAAGAGAAGUCACAUGGAGACUCAAAGCUGCAUCUUCUCUAUCCACAUCAUGGCCACAGGAACUCUGGCCUGGUGUCCGAUCAGGGCUGUGACAUCAUGAAACAUUGGGUCAUGACAUGUCAGGUGAUGCUUGGAAGAGCUCAGCAUGUAUCUAUGCACACAUUGUGUGUGUGGGACACAGGACAAAGCCACCCUCACAAGAAAGUGCACCAGGACCAUUCUCCAAGGAACUGGACCUGUCCAGACAGCUACACUCCAAGGUCGUUGGAGAGAACUUCAGUGGCCAGGGCUGAGAGGGAGAGGAAACAAAAGCUAUAGCCUGGCAGCAGGUCUGGGUUUGCAGAUGCAUCCCCUGAAUGGAACUACUUUAACCAAUCCAUAGGGAUCUCUGGUAUGCUUUCCUCUCUUUUUAUAGGAACUCUGUGACACUAAACAUUAGCCUGAAAAACUUCUGAGCCUUCAACUGGGAGAUACCUUGGGUCUGGCUCCUGCACCGAAGCCAUGUGGGUGGAAGUCAGAUGGCCUCCCUGAUUCUGCAGAGGGCCAGAGAAUGAGAGAGAGGAAGGCUGCUGGCAGAGGGGGCAAGCCUAGAACUGCACCAGCUUUCCUGAUGUCUGCAGCCAUGGCUUUGCAGUGCAGAGAGAGCUUCUCUGGAAUAUUGGGAUUCUUGCCUACAUUAAUGCAUCAACCAUUCAUUUAUUGCCUGAAGAGGCAUUGCAUUAAGUCCUAGGUAAUGUGUCAUGUAGGCCAGAAAAAAGAAUUCAUAAGUCCCCAACCCCCAAUAGAGAUGUUCACAGUGUAGACAGGUUAAAAAGUGGUUAAAAAAUAAUAUGUAAAAAUAGAAAUCAUUCAUGGCUUAGGAUGGAAUUGGAGGCAGGUGAGGGACACUCAGGAGCUCACUUUCUAGCUGUUCUUCAGAGUGAAAGGGCUGGCUGGAUUGGGUAAGGAUAGCUGAAUUUUAAAAAAGAAAUGGAUACAUUCUAAGGAAUGAAUUCAUCCAGUACUUUAUUCUAAGAAGGGUCUGGCAUCCAUAUGACAAAAAAUGCUGAGCUCCAGGAAAGACGGGGAAUCCAAGUGGAUUAAUGAUGUCACACAUAAUUUUAAGAGACAAGGGAAAAAACACAGUGUAGAGCCAGAGAAGGAGAAGCAGGGAUCUCCAGAGCUCCUAUCCAAAUCCUGCUAGGAGGAGAGUGGGCUGCAGAUGAGUCUAUGACUCAUGUUUCCCUGUUUCAAAGGGAUCCUGGGGAAGGAGGGGCACAUGUUUUCAGUAUCUUCCCCUGCCUUCGAAGUCUGUCUGCUCACAUAAGCAUUCCGUCCAUCUGAGCUCAUUGUGCUAGUGGUAUGUAUAUGUGCAGUUACACGAUUUUCUGUAUCAUAGAUUCCAGUGUGUUUAUACAAGGAGGCAUCUGUGGUUUCCCCAACAAUUCCAAAAGGCUAUUUCAAAAGAACCAGCCAAUGUAUGAGAAAUGAAUGUAACACUGUGGACACUGACUUCCCGCAUAAGGCAGGGUGACCCCUGAACUCCAGAUAUCUGCACAGCAUCUUAAGUAUUGUUUUAUGUUGUGAUGAAUGUGAUUGGAAUGUUGGGGAGCACCCAGAGGGAUUUCUAAGUGGGGAGCAUUACACUUCGCUAAAUCAUGUAUUUAUUCCUGGUUAAAAUAAACCUAAUAAAUAUUUAACCCUUGGCA